GGAGGGGACUGACAUCUGCGUUUGCAAAUGACCAGAAGUGGGCGGUGCGAGCACAGGAGCUCAACAUGAGCACCAGUGAGGAGGUUAAAUUAAAGAUACCAUUUGGGGGAAAGUUUCUAGAUGCAGCCUACACAGUCCCAAUUGUACCUCACACACAUGGAGUCAUUUUCACCCAUGGUGCAGGUGGAGACAUGAACUUUCAUCAGCUGGUAUCCAUGGCAUCAUUUCUUGCAUGCAAUGGCAUCCUAUGCCUUAGAUUCACGUGCAAAGGCCUCAACUUAAACUACAGAAUUAGGGCUUAUAGGGCAGUGAUGGAGCAUGUAAAAUCGUCAAAGGAAUAUGAAGUAAAAAGCUGGUUUCUUGGAGGUCGUUCCAUGGGUUCCAGGGCUGCUGCUUGUAUAAUUAGACAGUGUAAGGACAGUCCUGAUGAAGGCCUUGUAGAUGGCCUCAUUUGCCUGUCAUUUCCACUGCACCCACCAAAGCAGCAAAGUAAACUUCGAACAGAUGAUCUGCUUCUCGUGCACUAUCCAGUCCUUUUUGUUUCUGGAUCACUGGAUGAAAUGUGUGAGAAAAGCGUGUUGGAAAGAGUACUGAACCAAAUGCCAGUGGCCGCUGAAGUACACUGGGUAGAAGGAGCUAGCCAUGGAAUGGAAGUUAAACAACGAGCAAGGGAAGACAUUAUGACUGAGAUUAAUACUAAGGUCCUUUCAUGGAUCCAGAAGAUCCUACAAAAAAGAUAAAUUUCAAAUAAUGUUUGUGCUAAUCAUGGUUACAGAGUUUAAAACGCUUGCGUUAAUGGAUGAAAAUAAAGGAUUACCCAAUUGUUAUAACGCCUUCAACAAAUUCAUUUACUGAGUUUUUAAUUUACUCAGUAAAAGACAUGUAUUGAUUUAGCUCAAAGUACUGUUAAAUAAUCACACUUGCUGUUUCAUUCAGCCUCAGAACCUUUUAUUGUUCCUCGGUUUGGCGUCAGGCUUUGCCACUGUUAAGCACUCCAAGAUGCUGCCUGCAAGAAGGGUGCUAUAUAAGUGAAAGUUGUUCAUUUUGUUGUUUAUUGGAUCUUUUGGAGGGGCAGUCAGAGAAUUAGAUACCAAUAAAAGAAACUGUUAUUGAAUAUCAAGUGUUACUCACUGGUCAAUUCAAUAAUUAGUGAUAAACACACAAGCUCAUUCAUUGUUAUCCUUUCAUGUACUAAUGUAGAACCAUAUUUUACUUUUUCGCUUUACACAGGGUGAUCAAAAAGAUGUGAUAUCUACCCUAUUAUGUAAACAAAAAUCAUCAUUUCAUUAAAACUUAUUAGAGAUUGUAAUGGUAUCAUGAUUUUUUCGUUAUUUUCCUGGAUUUUACAAAUAUACCAGAUACCAGGUGAUGCUUUUGAAAUGACGGUGUGUAUAUACAACCAAUAUAUUGUCAUAUCAACAUAUUCAUAUCAACAAUAAAUUAUUCUGUACAACAUAAUACUCAUAUUUUGGUUUAUAGGGUGGGGAAACCCAUAGUUUUUUUUUAUUUCUUAACCAGUUUGUCAGAUACUGCUGACCGCAAUUGGCUUCCGUGUUUUCAUCCACAAAAUAGACAAUCCACU